AUGCAAGCUAAAAUCAUCAUUUUCUUUGGUCUCGUCGCUCUCUCACAAGCUGGAGCUCCAUGGCAAGCACAACCAGCUGCAUGGAAACCAGCACCUGAAGAACCAGCCAACUAUGAAUUCAACUACAACGUCAAUGAUCCAAGCACUGGAGAUGUCAAAUUCCAACAAGAACAUGCACAAAAUGGUGCCAUCAAGGGAGUGUACAAGUUGAACGAUGCUGAUGGUUUCCUCAGAAUUGUUGAAUACACCGCUGAUGACGUCAACGGUUUCAAAGCUAAUGUUCGUCCUAAAAUCAUCAUUUUCUUUGGUCUCGUCGCUCUCUCACAAGCUGGAGCUCCAUGGCAAGCACAACCAGCUGCAUGGAAACCAGCACCUGAAGAACCAGCCAACUAUGAAUUCAACUACAACGUCAAUGAACCAAGCACUGGAGAUGUCAAAUUCCAACAAGAAAACGCCCAAAAUGGAGUCAUCAAGGGAGUCUACAAGUUGAACGAUGCUGAUGGUUUCCUCAGAAUUGUUGAAUACCCCGCUGAUGACGUCAACGGUUUCAAAGCUAAUGUUCGUCGUAUAAAAGCUUUUAGUUUCAGGACAUUCAAUAUCAGUUUUCAAUUGAAUCUUUACAAAACCACAUCUCAAAAAAACACAAUGCAAGCUAAAAUCAUCAUUUUCUUUGGUCUCGUCGCUCUCUCACAAGCUGGAGCUCCAUGGCAAGCACAACCAGCUGCAUGGAAACCAGCACCUGAAGAACCAGCCAACUAUGAAUUCAACUACAACGUCAAUGAACCAAGCACUGGAGAUGUCAAAUUCCAACAAGAACAUGCUGACAAUGGUGCCAUCAAGGGAGUGUACAAGUUGAAUGAUGCUGAUGGUUUCCUCAGAAUUGUUGAAUACACCGCUGAUGACGUCAACGGUUUCAAAGCUAAUGUUCGUCGUGAACCACUCCAGAAAGCUGGAUGGGAAGCUAAACCAGCAGCUCCAUGGGCACCUAAACCAGCAGCCGGAUGGGCCUAA